AUGUCGACUAUAGCAGAAGCAGUGAUAAAGGGUGCUAUUGGAGGUGCUGGGUUUCUCGCGAGUGCCUAUGCUCUUACUAGAUUUGUCGUGGCCACGCCAUUGGAAAUCGCCCCACAAGGAGAUACUGAGCAUAAGCUAGAUGUCGUUUUGUGUUUUGACACAAAAAUGUUCUCUCAAAACACAGUGGAGUUUUUCGUGCAAAUGGUCAAGAAGCAGAGCCACCUGAUCAUCACACCCAAGACAAAAAGACUGGAGACGCAAGCAGAAGUCGGCGAUAAGUCGAAAAACACUCGUGCGAUAACAUAUUAUCUUGUGGGUGCAACACAUGCAACACUGAUGGCCAUUAAGCAAAAGAAAGAGCGAGUUUUGUACGGUGACGUGAGUGAAGAACCAGUGCCCGAGCAUUUCUGCUCGGGAGACCGAAUCGAUCUUAUCAUGUUUGAGCUAGGGCGGUUGAACGUCCAAAUCACCCACAAUCAUUCGACUGGACUCGAUAAUGAGAUCGCAGAUGAUGUGGCCACGAUACCUCAUCCAUUUCAAGACGAGGAACAUGGACUUCUCCUUCAGCAAGCAAUGCAUUCGAAGCUUUUAAUGGACCAUUUUCCUUUGCACGAUCACAAGGAGCGCCGUGAGCUGGUGGAGAUGUGGGUGAAAGAUUGGAAACACCCACAGCCGCUAUAUACAGUGCGGUCGUACUUCGGAGAUGAAGUCGGCUUUUAUUUUGGUUUUCUGGGGAUGUACACACAAUGGCUAAUGCCACUGGCAGCAAUGGGACUUCUUACCUUUGUGCUUGAUUUCUUUCCAAGUUAUGCAGCAUAUGGCCGGGGAGUGUAUUCGCUCUUAGUAACAAGUUGGGCCACAGCCUUUUUGAAAUUCUGGAAGCGCCGUGAAAAUACUCUGCGUAACGAUUGGGGCAUUUCUGCGUCCGAUUCGUUGGUUCUGGAGCCCACACGCCCAGAAUUUUUUGGUGAAAAGCGCUUUGACUCGAUUGAAGGAUGCUACUACACCUUUUACUCAUCUAAGAGCCGCGCCAAACGCUACUUAUUGACGACUUUAGCGACAAUUGCUGCGAUGGCUGGAGUCACAGUGUUGAUGAUCUUAUACUGCUACAUGGAAGAAUGGUUUGCAGUUGCAUUCGUUCCUGCUACAGGGUGGGAUGGAUUUUGGGAGUAUGUCUAUCUUGUACCCUCCAUAAUCUAUUCCGUAGUGGUGUUGUAUGUGGAUGCAAAAUACUCGGAGCUUGCGACUUUUUUGACGCAGUUUGAAAAUCACCGCACCGAGAGUGAUUUUGCAAAUGCUCGCGUGCUCAAAUUGGCUUUAUUUUACUUCGUAAACAACUUCGGGUUUUUGUUCUAUGUGGCAUUCAAGACUCGCGAUAUGGAGCAACUGGUACCAUUUAUAAGCAAGAGAUCAUCAUUAAAGGCUGAAGCUGGGAAGCUGGCGAAAGAAUUGAGAAAGAAAAAUGCAAUCGUGAGAGAGGUGGAUGCAGAGCUUCUAUUCCCCUCAUAUGACGGAACAUUUGAUGACUAUUUGGAAAUGUUCGUGCAGUUUGGACAGGUAACGCUGUUCGCAGCAGCAUAUCCUCUCGCCUCGCUUUGGAGUCUUUGCAACAACAUAAUGGAGAUUCGGAGUGACGGCUUCAAACUCUGUGUCACUUUUCGCCGGAGCCACAGAACGCCCACACAAGGCAUUGGGACCUGGUUUCCUGAAAAGACUCUUUCCUAA